GGGGGUAAUGCAUGCACCUGGUGCAAGGUCAUUUGGAAUACAGACGCCUUUGCUGCUGCACUGCACUUUCUAGUUGAACGCAGUGUUUUUUAUUUUUAUAUUUUAUUUUCUUCUCUCCCCCUUCGUGUACGCCCUCUUCUACGGCUCGCAAUCGCGCAUUUUCCAAUCUCUUUUGAUCUUCAUAUUCCGUCGGUGUCGACAUGAGCAAUGGCUAUUAUCAGUCAUUCUGCGCAUCGUGUAGACAAUGUUUGCGAUGUAGAUUGCGUCGUGGGUGCCGAUGUACCCCCCUCCCGGUCCUAGAUUGGUCCAGAGAUCACACCCGAGAUGGAGCGCUGGAUUUUCGAAAGAAAAAAAUAUCAAGUCAAAAUAACGCACGGGACCUACCUGCCAUCAAACAGCAUUUGGCACGUGAAAAUCCACAGAUAGAUUGGAAUAACAUGGAUGAAUUUGUCGUCAACUUGUGUAUGAACUGUGAUAGGAAAUGGCGAAAAUUCAGAGACGGAUACCUCCAUGAACAUGAUCACAGUGAACCACCUCAACACUCAGCCACCACCGAGAUGAGAUCAACUGAGCCUCCACCGCCUCCGCACAUUCGCCAACUACAUCCUGAACCUACGUCGCUACACUUUGAAUCCGACGAACACAACCGACCCUUGAUAACGAGAUCCAUGGAAUCUUCUCCUGAAGUGACUUACCAGCGAAAAAGACGACGGCGAGACACUGUAAUGUCUGAACAUCAUCAACUCACAAGUUCUAAUUUUGCCCUCAAUCCGACAAGCCAUCGUUUUUUCGAACAAGAACUUCAUUUCCGCCGCACUAUUUUCACACCCGAUCACGCAUUACAACUCGGCCUCGCUAUCAUUGAUCUAGCAAAAUCUCAACCUCAAAACCCAUUGGUAGUUGACAUUACCCUGAAUGGCUAUCAAGUUUUUAGAUUUGCCAUGCAAGGAACAGGUCCCGACGAUGAUGAAUGGAUACGGAGAAAGAGAAAUGUUGUAGACAGAUUUCGUCACUCAAGCGCCUUGGUACAGUCUCAAAUUGAUUAUUUGGGAUCAAACGCGGUUGAGCGAUACCCGAUCCAUGAUCCACGUUACGGGUUCUAUCCAGGGUCGUUCCCUAUCAUAGUGAGCGGAGUUGGAGUAGUAGGUUCUAUUACCGUUGCGGGAUCCAAUUUGCGCGCUGACCACGACGUUAUCAUUGCCGCUCUGCAAAAACUUACCACCGAACAACCACCUCAAAACGAUAAAGCGGGUCCAGAAGGAUUCAGGCAACCGAUCACUUAACAUUGCCCAUACCAUAUCCAUACAACC